UAUACGCAAUAUUGAUUUUUAAUAGAAUUGAUCGUACAGAAACAAAAAAUAAAUUCGAAUACAAUUGUAAAUGUGUACAGUCUUAUAUAUAAAAAUCGUGAAUUUCUUCAGAUUUUUAAAACGCCGAUUUUUCUAACCUAUUUUUCUGUCGUAUCGAACCGUUAUUUCUAGCUUUUUAAUAAUUAGUUAAGAAUUAACGAUUAACGCAUUGAUCGCCAUUGUACGAGGAAAUCGUCGAUCGAUUAUGUUGUCAAAAAGAGAUGCAGAAGGCGUAGAUAAUUUAAAAGAGAUAGAAGAAGCUAAACCAACCGCAUUAGAAAGUUGCAUAGAUCAGGUUACAAUAUCGUCAGAGACAUGUAGCAGUAACGGUUCAAAGGCGACGAAAGAAACUUCUACGCAAACUUCUUUAACAAUGCUUAGAUAUUUGAUACAAGCGUCAUCGGAUAAGCACUUUGUCGACUCAACAACUUCACCGAUGCGCUUUGAACGAAUGUCUGAAGACAAAGUAAAAAAUCUCUGUGGAAACACGAAUCCUUUCCCACGCAUGUUCGUUGAAAAUCAGAUGUCGAUCACAGUCAGCCCCGAGGCAACGAUGCAAGCAACCGGGUUGCGUCCAUCGAGAAUCAGGACACCUAGAGAUGUUCUUCAAGUAUCUACCUCUUUCUUAUCGAAUAAUUCUGGUAUUAAAAACGAGGUUUUAACCAUAACCACCGAUUACGGUAGUUCAUCAACCGAUACACAUAGCACGUUGGUAGAUGCGAUUAAUCAGAAUGGUAACCGGGCUCUUCAUUUAUCUCUGCAAGAAACUUACGCAGCUGCGCCUGUACCUAUGCCACCGUUACCGCACACCGGUUCGAGGAACAACUUGUUCAGGCGCAGGUUGAAUCACCGAUCGUGGAACGUCAUGGGAUUAUUUAACAGUUGCUUAAGAUGCGUGUGCACCGUUAAUAACGAAGUAUUGAAUUUCACGCGUUAUCAACAUUUGCCCGUGUUUUUUGUCGGAUUGUACAAAUUAACAACGAUGCGCAAUUGGAGACCUUUUCGAUCCGAGAGUCAACCUUCAUUCGUCGCACCGGUACCACCACCGAGUUACGCUCAAGCUCAACAAAUUCGUCAAGCUUCUUGUUCCUUGGACGAUUUGCUUUCUCCUUCGUUUAAUACGAAUCGGAAUAGAAUCUGGGCAUCGAGACCCGUGACUGCGAUAUGUCCACGAUGCACCACGAUCAUCGUCACCACCAUAGAAGUUCGCCAGUCGAUGAUCACUCAUAUCGCUGCUCUCGCACUUUUCCUAUGCGGAUGCUGGCCAUGCUGCAUGAUUCCAUAUUGUUUGAAUUCGUGCAAAAAUAUCGACCAUCGUUGUCCUGUUUGCCGGGCGUAUCUUGGGACUUACAGGCCAUGGUGACAAACGUUUGAAAACAACGUAGAAAGUUGC